AUGUCAGCACUGUAUGGUGGUGAGAGGCAUAUCUAUCUUGUUGGUGGACUCCAAGAGGACCAAUAUUUCAAUCGUAUUGAUCGCUUCAACAUUGACACUCAACAAUUCACAUCAGUUGGUGCACUCCCAUUUAGACUGGCCUACCCUUGUGUUCACUUCCACAACGAUACCAUCUACAUUGUCUCCGGAUCAAUAUCUGGGAAUGUUCAACGUGACCUCAUUUCAUUCAAUGUGAAGACUCAUGCAGUUGAUGUCAUAGUGAAGGAUAUCAUCGAUCAAUCCUCCGCCAGUUGCUUCGAUGGUCAAGACAACAUCUACAUUCUCAACUCCAAGUCAUUCAUCCGAUACUCACUGUCCAACAAACAAAUCACAGAGUUAUCACAAUCUCCAAAGUUUGAGAUAUUCCGGACAAUGGUAUGGACCAUACUCAAUGACGACAAUGACUAUUUGAAGACCAGACAGAUUUUUGGAGCAAGUUUGAUCAGCAACUAA